UUGAGUCUUUUUCGCGGGAACUUUCGCUUUGCCUGCCUGACGUGCCUGUAUAUUAUAACAACAGCGGAGUGAGCGGACACUGCUUCUGACAGCAGUGUUUUGCCUAUAAAGCUUUAGUUUGUGUUUAUAUAGUUUAGUUUAUUGUCUAGACAUCUAAAUAGGUGUUUAGCGAGCGGUUUAUAUUCAGUAUUUUGCACACUUAUUUUUCAUCAUGAACUGUUUGCUGAUGAGAGAAAGUCCUAUGAUUAUUCCGCUUAAUAAGGAGAAGACAGUCUAUGACGGGUUCAUCACAGUAAUGGAAAAAGACUUCAGGAUAAGAAUAUCUCUACCGCCUGAUCGCCAGAUGAAACAGGCAAAAUUGCAUUGUUGCUGGCAAAUGAAACGGCUACUUCAUGGUUAUCAACAUAUUGUGAAGCAGAGGUUACAGCAUUCAACUAAUUUGAUGGCUUUUAUCCUGGAACUCAGGACAGUAUUGGAAGCGGCGUUGAAGAGCCAAGCAGGAUGUCAAUCCUUCUCACCACCUCAGUAUUAUUCCCAGCUGAUAACAGAAAUGGAAAUCUUAGGAUGGGAUAAGCUGCUCUUCAUUGAUGCAGAGUUCCGCACGCUAAAGCUGAAGGCAGAUGACUCUGCAGGUCGUCAACACGCCAUUACAGUCAAGCUCAAGUCCAAGUAUCCAACUGAGGCCCCUGAGUUUUCUGCAGAUCUUCCUGUUCCAUUGGUCAUCACAUGGAACUCUCAGAGCACCUUGGCCAGUGUCCACAGUCAGUUCCUGUUAAAUGUGGAGGCUCUGUCCGAGUUCUGGUCGGUGCUGGAUGAGAUAGAUGAGCAGACGUGGGUAUUGGAACCAGAAAAACCCACGAAAGCAGACUCCAUGAGAAGGAUCGCCAUCGGAAACAAUGUCUCAAUAAAGGUACAAAUUGACCCCAGACACCCCAAAAUGCUGCCGGAGUGCUGUUUGCUCGGGGCUGAGCACGUUGUCACUCCUUUAAGGAACAAGUUGAAUGCUAAUAUGCAUUUAUGGAACCCUGACUGCAGUGUCCUACAGAAUAUGAGGGAUGUGUUGGAGAUAGAAUUUCCAUCGCCUUCCACCCACGAAAAAUCUAAUUUCAGUGUUGAAUGUGGCAUCUGCUACUCUUAUCGACUUGAGUCAGCCAUUCCAGAUCAGGUCUGCAAUGACCCACGCUGUGGCCAGCCUUUCCAUCAAGUAUGUCUUUAUGAGUGGUUGAGAGGUCUGCCCACCAGUCGUCAAAGCUUCAAUAUUGUGUUUGGAGAAUGUCCUUACUGCAGCAAGCCCAUCACUGUGAAAAUGAUCACAGGAAAUACUUAACAAGUCAUGUAGUGUUACGGCUCCAGUGACCGUAAUACAAACAACCAAUAACAGUCAGUAUCAUGACAACAAGGAAGAUCAACAUUCUUUUGAUUGGCCAUUGACCCUGAUUUUCUGAUUUCCCAAAACCAUCUCCUUCUCUGUAAUGGUACCAAGUCCAUUCACCUCCCUGCCCACAAACAUCACUUCCACAGUGGUUUCCUUCAUCAGUUUCUUCCCACUGGUUCUGAUUCCAGCUGUGUCCUGUAUGGUCAUCAUUUAGUCUCAGAGUAUGUGUUUGAUGGUUCUCGUAGUGAUGCUUUCGUCUUCCCCUUAUGGUCAUCCAGGUCUUGCCCUCAUAAACAUCUGUGUUCCUCUUUUCCUGUGUUGUUGGAGCAAAUUUUGUUUUCAAAAUAUAAGAAAUAGACAUGAGAGGGCCGGUAUGUUGAAUUUGUUAAUAGACUUUUUUAUCAAACAAUAAAUACUGCAAACCAUA